UAACCCUGAAGAAGACGAUUUUGAAUGGGACCUAGAGGAACACAUAAAACUGAUUACUGAACGGUUACACCAUGUGCAUAUGAUCGCCAAACAAAAUAUAAAUAAAGCACAAACAGAUCAGAAGGAAGAUAUGAUAAGAAAAUAA